CUCCUAGCACCCGUCCGCAUUCCCCCAAACGCCAUCGCUUUUCGACCCUUCAACCUCGUACAAUAUGUUUUUGCACAAAUCCGCACAACACCAGCGUGUCACGAGCGCGUCGCGUGCCCAAACCGAGAAACCCGCGCCACAACGCGUCAACGACGCGUCCCACGACCUCGAGAGUCGUGCCGACCAUCAUUCAAAGCGCGCCACCCGCUCAUACGACUUCGACGAGCGCGUCAUUAUCCAGAUAGCUGACAAUGACGACGAGAAGAGCGAGCUUGAACAUAUGAUCGAGUCGGACGUGUCUUACUGCAGCUGUAACGAGGGCAACCCUCAUUGUCAACGAUGCAGCGAUCUAUUCAGUGAUUCGGAUGUCUCGGAGGCUGUCGAAAGAGAAGCAGAGGCUGACUAUGGCUCUGUUUAUGACUACUCUCCCAUCCAGUACAUUUCGUAUGAAACAUACACUCCUCCCGCAACAAACGAAGACCUCUUCCGCACACUUUCAAUGGAUCGUCGUAACCUUGUCUUAGAUUCUAUUGAUCCAGAAGUCGCACCCCACAUCGUAAUCACUCCUCCACCUUUUGACUGGAACGAUUGUUUCACCGCCUAUAACAUGCAUCCAUGCCCUCAAAACCCGGGCUUCUUGAUGGUGCCACAAUCCGGCGGAUGGGAGAUGAAGGCGGCUACGCCUGAGCCCGUGGAGUAUGUCGAGCCAGCACAGAUCGAGCAAGAGAUUGAUUACGCAGAGAUGAGCUGCGGAGAGAUAGGGGAGAUCCCUGAUAAUGAGCCUUUGAAGGUCUUCUCGCGCUCAAAGUUCGAGCGUCAGAUUUCAGCCAGCCUGGACACUCUCGAACACAUGACCUCUAUACACCGACAGCGAUGCAAGCAGAUCGCUGAGCUCGCAGCCCGUCGUGCCCCGCAAGUCCUUGAGACACUCAGCCCCUCCCUCCAAACCCUUCUCGACGAUAACGCCUUCACAUGGACCGAUCCAGCUGAGGCCCUGCUCGCCGAUAUGGUACGCUACUGCGGUACCACUGUCCUCCCCUCAGAAAAUCCCUUCACCGCCCCUCAUAUUGUCAUCAACGAGCCGCCUCCCAUGGGACCUGAACAGGUUGCGACUCGUGAGAGGAACAGCACCCCGUACCAGUGCGCGACAGGGUAUAAUCUCUGUGUACCAAACUGGUAUUAUGGGUUCAGUGCAGAGUACUACUACGAGUAUAUGGCACUGGCGCAACUACAGCCUCACUGGACCGAUACACAUGCGGCGACGUCGUGGCCUGAGGACCAAGCACCAGUGGAGGCGGAGGUUGACGCGGGGGAGAGCCACCAUGUCGAGCAUUGGGAAGUGUUCGAUGACUAUACGAUGGAUCCUGGCCAGAUGCAGGACGAGGCGUUGGCGGUUUCGAGACCGGAAACGCCGAUGCCUUCUACGCCUACGGACGAUGGAGUUGGACGAUUCAACUUUAUGCCAUCGAUCGCUCUGGAGUCCGUCGACGACUUGCUCCACGGGGACGUUGACUCCCCGGUCACGGUCUCGACGUCUUCUGCGCAGAGUCUCUGUGGCUUGAUGGCCAAGGGCUCGGGCUCAGGGCUUCCUACCUAUGUCUUUGGCGAUUUCUCGGACUCGUGCGUCUCUGAUGAUCGGGAGGAAGAUACUUGCACGCCCGCCUCAGACGUUGUUGACAUCGAAGCACCCGAGGACUGCUUUGCCCAACCUUGCGAGUCGACACCGUGCAGUGACACCGCUGCCUAUUACGACGACGAAGACGAAGAUGGGCCUCCUCCAUUCGAUGAUUGGUACACCAGCUGGACGCCCCAGGUCUCCGCCACCGCCUGAAUCAGGAUUCAGAACUUCCUCCCCACAUAACUCCUCGCUGCGUUUUACUAUCAUUUCCCCUGUGACCGCGUUGUAAAUACUGUUGUGAAUACUGUACCAUACCCACCACGGACUUGUUGUCAUUGUCGCUGUAUCUCCACAUCGAGCAAUGAACGAUGGACCUGACACAAUCUAUCGUCGUUUCUCUUUUCUCCCUCUUCUGCACUGUCUACCCUAGUUACUGUGUAGCCGUAGCGCCUGUAAGCACUGCUGCACGCUGGUAUUCUAGCAUAUGCCCUCUCCUCUACGUGUACAUACUCGUCACUCGUCUAAGCACCCCACAGUCGCAUUGCCGUCUCGUUCUCGCUUUUCUUUCUCUCCUGUUGUUUGUACACUAUUCAGCCUACCCCGGUUAGCAUUC